AUUAUGUUGAAGUCUAUAUAUAUUGUGUUUACUGAGCUGCAAUAUAUAUCAGCAACAGACAGACAUUCUCCCUCUGUUCAAUUCCACCUCUCAUCCUAUUCAGAUCAAUCACUACAACAUUAAACAGAAUUCACAAACAGAUUUGACGACGAGUCUUGAAGGUUGAGAGAGGAUGGAAAAUAAGGAAUCUGACUACAUCUUUCUUGUUGAGACCGAAAAUGAAAAUGAUGACGGAGAAAAGAAUUUUGACGGAGAUGAAGAUAAGGAUUUUAAUGGAGAUGAAGAUGAAGACAGUGGGAAGGAUUGCGAUGCUUCUUCAGUAUAUGGUGAUAAUGACCCUUACCCUCUUAGCAAUCCUAAUUCUUUGGACCCAUCUUGGCUUAAAAGUUACAGGGAUUCAGUAGAUCUUUAUGGUGGUGUAGCAUCUCCAAGUCUGAACUUUCUAGGAUCUUCUGGCUUAUCAUUAGGUGGUUCGUUCCUUUCGUCAUCACCUAAAAGGAGACGCUCUUCCAAAACAAUCACGAGUUUGGACAGCCAUCUUUUGCUACCCCAGGAGCAUUGUAGUUCUGAUCAUUCACUUCAUCAUCAACGGGCGUCUUCCGCCAAAAGGUUGUCACAUUAUGAGAAAUACCCUCAGACUGGACAGAGCUCAUUCGGCCAAGCUGUGCUUAACGGGGUAAAUCUUCUUUGUGGAGUAGCUCUUCUUUCCACUCCUUAUGCAGUGAAACAAGGAGGGUGGGCGGGGUUGUCUAUAUUGUUUAUCUUUUGUGUUCUUUCAUUCUACACCGGCAUCCUCCUUCGUUGCUGCUUGGAUAGUCGGCCUGGUCUUCAAACUUACCCAGAUAUUGGCGAGGCUGCUUUUGGUAUAAUAGGACGUCUAGUCGUUUCUAUUACCUUUUACGUCGAGUUGUAUGCAUCUUGCGUUGAAUUUAUAAUCAUGGAAAGUGAUAACCUAUCUUCUUUGUUUCCCUAUGCACAUUUAAGUCUUGGUGGAUAUCAACUAAGUUCACAUUAUUUGUUUGCACUUAUAAUCACUCUGAUUGUGCUCCCUACAGUUUGGCUUCGUGAUUUGAGUGUUCUCAGUUACAUCUCCGCUGCCGGAGUUUUUGUAACGAUUCUUUUGGUCAUUUGCUUAUUUUGGGUUGGAUUAGUGGAUUCCAUUGGCUUUCACACUGAAAGUACUACAAUAUUGAACCUUUCCACUUUGCCCGUGUCUAUUGGGCUUUAUGGCUACUGUUAUGCUGGACAUGCUGUUCUUCCUAACAUCUAUAUGUCCAUGGAAAAUAAGAGCCAAUAUCCUCUAGCCCUAUUAGCUAGCUUUACGAUAUGUACUAUUCUGUAUGCUGGAGCUGCCAUAUUGGGAUACAUGAUGUUCGGGGAAUCAAUUGAAUCACAAUUCACUCUCAAUCUGCCUACAAAUUUGGUUGCCUCCAAAAUUGCUGUAUGGGCUACGGUAAUCAGUCCACUUACCAAAUAUGCGCUAACCAUAUCCCCGGUUGCUAAGAGUUUGGAGGAACUCAUACCAUCAAACAAUCAAAAGUCUCACGCCUACUCCAUAUUGAUUAGAACGGCGUUGGUGAUCUCUACUUUAUUCGUAGCCCUCGCGGUACCGUUCUUUGGCCUGGUAAUGUCGCUGAUCGGAUCUUUACUAACAAUGCUAGUGUCAUUGAUAUUUCCCUGUGCUUGUUUUCUGCGUCUCCUGAGGGGCAACGUAACUCACUUUCAGGGGUCACUUUGCGUGUUAAUCAUAGCAAUCGGCAUCAUCUCAUUAGCGUUUGGCACCUACACCGCCCUGUCUGAAAUCAUUCAACUCCUAUGAUUACAUUCAGUCUUCUGGAUGUUCUUUAGGAAGGAUCCUCUACUACAACCAUGAACGAAUGAAUCUAUCUUGGGGUUCGCUACAUCAUCGCAAUAACAGCUACGUUUAUUAAAAUGAAGCUGGUCUAUCAGAUGUAUCGAUGUCGAACUUGUGCUUAGCUGAUAAUGUUGGGAGGUUAAGAGUGUGCUGUUUAUCACUUCUCAACUUUCCAUUACUAGCUUCUUCUUAGUUGUUUUUAUGUUAAUAAAUGUGUGUUUGCCGUCCCUAAAGGUAAAUAUUUUUAAACAAUAUUUAUUAAACCCACAUCAACACAGUGAGCAAUUUUCAGGCCA